CAAUUUAGUACAAUUUGAAAUGUAAUUGACAUACAUUCAUACAUUAAAAAGGUAUGGAAUGUUAGGUCAUACAAGAAAUUGAAUUUACAGUUUUUGUGCAUAUGAAAAUAUCUCAUGAAUUGAUAAACAAAAGUAGGUGAAAAAAAGAAUGUGUUCAAACAAAAGAAGUAGUUUAUGUUGAGUUAUUCAACAUGGAGAAUCCAAUUUAAAUUGUUUUUCAAUAGAAAACACACUCUAGUUUGCACAUGAAAGAGAUACAAGAAUUUGACAUCAUCAACACAAAUGAAUAAAUACAAAUUUGAGGUGUUCUUUUUUUUUUUUUUUUUCUUUUUGGGAUAAAAACUUCCCAUAAAUUAUUGCCAAAACAUGGGCUUAACGUGAAAGGAACUUCUAAAGUAGCUCAUAACUCAAUUGAGAACAAAAUGAAACAUUCCCUAAAGAAUAAUCAAACAUUGUACAAUGCAAAAUAGGACAAAAAAUAUUCAGUUUAUAAACAACUGAACCAAUUACUAAUAAGAAUAACCUAAGUUUGGGAUGAACUGAAUUAUAUUUCAAGUUUUCUUUUCACAAUAAUUACGAGGACAACAAAUCGAACUUCCAUCCUCUAAAAAAAAAUCAUGUCAGUUACGAUUCCUCUUAUCCAAUUUCUAAAAGAUAAGAUUUAAAGAGACUCAUGGAAAUUUCUAGAACUUCUAGUACUAUAAGAAUACUACAUUCGUGUACCAUAUAGUUUUGCCUUCAUUUCAAAGAGAUAUAGACAUGUCCUAAUAAUACAGUAGUACAAGAAAUUCUUUCCAUAAAUUCAAAAGAAGUAAUCACGAGUUGAUCCUACAUGAUGUCUUUAGACCAUGUGUUCUUCUAGGUAUUGAGAAGGUUGAUUAUAUCUAUCCUAAGCUAGCUUUUGAGAGACUUGACCAUCUAUCCUAAGCAAUUAACCACUGCAGCCAACGUAGAUAAAAGUAACAGUUACAAACAAUUAGAUGUAUACAAAAAGAAAUGAAAAAUGUUGAUGACUAUAUGUCUAACGAAAACGUGGCACAUGUCAGCCAACUCAUCAAAUAAUAAUGACUUAAAUUUCUAUGGUGUCGAUGUCAAAAAUAUAUGCACUAAGUGAGGCAAAGUGGAUAUUACAAGAACCUCAUUAAUUAAAAACAAGACUAAUCAAAAGAAUCUAUGUCAACAUAUCUCUUUCUAACAAAAAUUUAAAAAAAAAAACCAUUUAAGGACAAAAUAAAGAGAACCACUUAUUCAUUUACUACAAAUUAUCAGAAAAUAACUUGUAAAAGCAAAGAAGCCUAACUUUUAACAUUUCAGAUACAAACACAAAUCACUUUACUAUUUGUUGGUUUAUUUUGAAAACCUUAAGAGGCCAAAGAAAUAGAAUUAAAUUUAAAGUCCAUCCAUCCUACAUCCCAAAGAGUGUGAUGAAUACUGUAAAAAGAAAAAAAAAAUGAGGAAAAAAAGAGUUUUGGACAUUUGGGGUGACCCCACAUUUCUCUCUCUAAAUGCCUACCGUUCAACUCAUUCUUCCCUUCUCUAUUUAUACACACUUCCUAUUUUGUUUAGAGUCUCAAGACUUGUGUCUUUCUUCUGCAACUCAUCAGCAUUACUUCACCAACUUCCCCCCUCUCUGCUUUGCUCUCUAUCUUAAACACUUCAAACAUCAUAUUCAUCAAUGGCUUGCUUGGAGAUUUGUAAUGAGAAUUUGCAGGGUGGGGAGACAAAAGAAGAGAGAGAAGUUUGUACACUUGAUGGGACUAUUGAUUGGCAUGGCCAACCUGCUAUCAGAUCAAAAUCUGGAGGAUGGGUUGCUGGAAUCAUUAUACUCUUGAAUCAAGGUCUUGCAACUCUUGCGUUCUUCGGAGUUGGUGUGAACUUAGUGCUGUUCCUGACAAGGGUUUUGCAGCAAAACAAUGCCGAUGCAGCCAACAGUGUGAGCAAAUGGACCGGAACAGUGUACAUCUUCUCUCUUGUUGGGGCUUUCCUCAGUGAUUCAUACUGGGGAAGGUACAAAACUUGUGCCAUUUUUCAGAUCAUCUUUGUCAUUGGACUGGUUUCACUUUCCAUAACAUCACAGCUCUUUCUGAUCAAACCAAAAGGUUGUGGGGAUGAGGACACCCCAUGCGAGUCGCAUUCAAGAUUGGGGAAUGCAUUGUUUUACCUCUCCAUUUACCUUAUUGCACUGGGAAACGGGGGAUAUCAACCAAAUAUUGCCACAUUGGGAGCAGACCAAUUUGAUGAAGAGGACUCCACCGAGGGGCACUCAAAAGUGGCAUUCUUUAGCUACUUUUACUUGGCGCUUAACUUGGGUUCUCUCUUCUCAAACACCAUUUUAGGGUACUUUGAAGAUGAAGGAGUGUGGGCUCUGGGCUUCUGGGUGUCAACUGGCUCAGCUUUUGCAGCAUUGGUGUUGUUUCUUUGUGGAACCCCAAGGUACAGACACUUCAAGGCAAGCGGCAACCCUCUCUCAAGGUUCUGCCAAGUCAUUGUUGCUGCAGCUAAAAAAUCAACGGUCAAGAUGCCAGCAAGUGAAGAUGAAUUAUACAGUCUUGAUGCUAAGGACUGUUCAAUGAACCGUGGUAGAAGGAUACUUCACACCCAUGGAUUCAAGUUUCUGGAUAGGGCAGCAUAUAUCUCAUCAAGAGAUUUAGAUAACCAAGGACGAGGCAUUGACAAUCCAUGGCGCCUCUGUCCCAUCACACAAGUGGAAGAGGUCAAGUGCAUUUUAAGAUUACUUCCUAUUUGGCUCUGCACCAUAAUCUACUCUGUGGUCUUCACUCAAAUGGCUUCCCUCUUUGUCGAGCAAGGCGCUGCCAUGAAAACUGUUAUUUCAAACUUUCAUAUCCCACCUGCAAGCAUGUCCAGCUUUGACAUUCUCAGUGUCGCAGUUUUCAUUUUCCUUUACCGGCGAGUCCUCGAACCACUUGCAGGGAAACUCAGAAAAUCAGAUUCUAAAGGGCUUACUGAGCUUCAGAGAAUGGGAAUCGGUCUCAUCAUAGCAGUGAUGGCAAUGGUUUCAGCAGGAAUUGUAGAGUGUUAUAGACUAAAGUAUGCUAAAGGCGACUGCACACACUGUGAAGGCUCAAGCUCCUUAAGCAUCUUUUGGCAGGUUCCACAGUAUGCAUUUAUAGGAGCUUCUGAGGUUUUCAUGUACGUGGGACAAUUGGAGUUCUUCAAUGCACAAACCCCGGAUGGAUUAAAAAGCUUUGGUAGUGCACUUUGUAUGACAUCAAUCUCUUUGGGGAAUUAUGUCAGUAGCCUUCUGGUCACUAUGGUUAUGAAAAUAUCUACAGAGGACCACAUGCCAGGAUGGAUUCCAGGAAACCUGAACAGAGGUCAUCUAGAUAGAUUUUACUUCCUCUUAGCUGGAUUGACUGCAAUUGACUUUGCAGUGUAUAUUCUGUGUGCUAGAUGGUACAAAUGUAUCAAAUUGGAGGGCAGGUGUGAAGAAAAUGAAGACCUGGAGCACAACAAGGUCUGAUUUGAAGAAAUAUAAAACAAAAGCAACACUUGUUUGCUGAAUAUGCUAUCAGUUUGUGAAUAAAAGGAAUAGGGCCUAAAGAGUCGGAAACCUAUUCUUGGCUCAACUCUUUAUACCCAAUUCUUUCCCUUUUCUACAACAUCUGAUCAAAUAAUUUCAAGCCAUUUUACUGAAAGAGCAAGGGUGGCGUGUUCGGCAGAUUUCUUGUCCAAGAUGUUCCAUGUUCCCGCCGGCUACAUUUUCCCCUUUAUUCAUUAAAGGACUUUGACUUUCUUUUUUCCUUCUCCUCUUCUGUUUUUCCUUUUAUGUGGGGAAGCUAGUAUGUACAAUCACUGAGCCGUCUUUUUUCUAUCUAUCAAGUUGUCAAUGGAAGUGAAUCUCUCCUUUGUCUUCUGAGAUUGGAAUGACCGAGGGGAAAAAAAGAUCAAAAGGGGAAACAUAAAUACAUUUGCCUAUGCUUUGGCCUUGUUUGUGAUUAUAUAAAAUCAUCUCAUGUCCUCAAUUCAAA